AUGACUUUCGCUAAAGAUUACAAAGAAAUCUAUAGAAAUCAAAUCAAAAAGCAGAUAAGAUUAAACCAGGAGCAUCUGCAAAGUUUAACACACCUAGGCUCCCAAAUCAACUUCGAGGUAGAUCCUCCAAAAUUUCCAGAUGAAGAUCCUGCUCGAAAAGUGUUCUUCUUUGAUAUCGACAACACCUUGUACAGAAAAUCUACAAAAGUACAAUUGCUCAUGCAACGAUCAUUGUCGAAUUUCUUCAAAUACGAAUUGGGUUUUGAUAGUGAAGAGGCAGAGCGCUUGAUUGAAUCAUAUUAUGAAGAAUAUGGAUUGUCUGUGAAAGGUCUCAUAAAGAAUAGACAAAUUGAUGAUAUCUUACAAUAUAACACGUUCAUUGAUGAUUCUUUACCUCUGCAAGACUAUCUAAAACCUGAUUGGAAAUUAAGGGAGCUGUUGAUAAAAUUAAAAAAGAAAAAGCUUGGCAGAUUUGAUAAACUAUGGCUGUUUACAAACUCAUACAAAAACCACGCAAUUAGGUGUGUGAGAAUAUUAGGUAUUGCCGAUCUGUUUGACGGCAUAACUUAUUGCCAUUACGAAAAACCCAUUGAGGAAGAGUUCAUUUGCAAACCUGAUCCUAAAUUUUUCGAGAUGGCGAGGUUACAGAGCGGGUUAUCGAGUUUCUCGAAUGCUUGGUUCAUCGACGACAACGAGAGUAACGUGGAGUCAGCCUUAGGUAUGGGGAUGGGUCAUGUUAUCCAUUUAAUAGAAGACUACCAGUAUGACUCCGAGAAUAUUAUCACUAAGGACCAUAGAAAUAGGCAGCAGUUUUCCAUAUUGAAAGAUAUCCUUGAGAUCCCAUUGAUAAUGGGCGAUAAUGCUUUCCAUCAUUCAGCUAUUGCCAUAAAGGAAAUGGAAGAGAUCGAAGAGGAAGGAGAAACAGUCAAUUGGUCAAAACAACAGAUCAACGUUCAAUCGUCAUAA